CGAAAUGCUCGGUUCGAAGGUCGGACUCCGAGCCGCGCGCCAUACGUGUCGCCGACCUUCCGUGUGUUCUGGCUACGCGCAUGAAUUAUUCGUUUUUGAAUGGGAGAGGGGAAAGACAUCUCAGGCUUGUGUAACACACGUCUGUCGGGACUCGGUGCGGGCGACGGGACCAGAAUGCUCCGUCGGGUCUCGCUUUUUCUCGUCUCCGAUACAUAAGUAAGGUACCUACUUCCACGGCCAACGGGCCAUGGGAUUCCCAACACCACUGGUAUUGGAAUUACGCAGAGAAUCUGGUUUCCUUCUCCAUUCGUCGUCGUCGUCGACCAUCCCAUCCCAUCCCACCCCAUCCCCCGCGCCCCCUUGCCAUCAAUAAUUAUGUCGGCCUCGAGGAUCGCCCAGCUGGCUGAGUCCGUCGCCAGAAACACCAAGGUGCUCGACUCGUACCUGCGGGACCACAACCUGCCCUUCCCUUCGUUCGAGGCGGAUGGCCCGGCCGACUUUGGCAUCUCGGAUGACGCGCCCGAGGUCGAGAAGGCACGCACCGAAGCCAUCGACGCGGCGGCCGAGCUCGUGGACCUGCUGCAGGGCCCGUGGGUCAUCCUGAGACCUCUGACCUCCGGCAUCAGCCUGAACGCCAUCUCGCGCUGGGAUAUCGCCGGCAAGGUGCCGCUGCAGGGCGAGACCACGUUCGCGGCGCUGGCGCAGCAGUGCCGGGUGCGCGAGGUGGACAUGCGGCGCAUCCUGCGCUACGCCAUGGUGCACCACCGGCUGUUCCGCGAGCCGCGGCCGGGCGUGGUGGUGCACUCGCUCGCGUCGCGGCUGCUGGUCGACGAGCCGCUGCUGCGCGACGGCCUGUGGCUGCUGGCCGAGGAGCACUUCGCCACGGGCCCGCACGCCGUCGCGGCGCUGGAGAAAUGGGGCGCCGACGAGCAGCAGGAGCUGAGCCACGUGCCGUACUCGCUCGUGCGCGCCGACGGCAAGAAUCUCUUCGAGUGGAUGCAGACCGACCCGGAGGGCCGCGCCAUGGCGCCGCGCUUCGCCCGCGCCAUGACCUCGUUCGGGCUCUUCUCGAACCGCCCCGCGGCGGCGCAGCGCGUCGGCCGGCCCAUUGACGCCUACCCCUGGGCCGCGCUGGGCCGCGCCACGGUGGUCGACCUCGGCGGCUCGCGCGGGCACGACGCCAUCUACCUAGCGCAGCGCUACCCGCAGCUGUCCUUCGUGGUGCAGGACCUGCCGGCCAUGAUCGACGGCGCCGACGAGGCCGUGCCGCCCGACGUGCGCGGCCGCGUGCGCUUCAUGCCGCACAGCUUCGUCACGCCGCAGCCGCUGCCCGCCGACCUGUACAUGAUCAAGCAGUGCCUGCACAACUGGCCCGACUACCAGUGCGUGCGCAUCCUGCAGGCUCUGGUCCCCGCCCUGCGCCCCGGCGCCCGCGUCCUCAUCGUCGACGGCCUGGUGCCCCCGCCGGGCGAGAUGCCGAUUGUGAUGGAGCGCAAUGUCAGGGCCUACGACAUGUUGAUGCUCGCCAGCACUCCCGGACGCGAACGGGAAGAGCACGACUGGCGCCGCAUCUUCAACGAGGCCGAUGAGCGUUUCAAGGUGAAGAGCAUUCAGCACCCUCCGACCGAGGGAGACAUGGGACCCUCGCCGGGACUCAUUGAGCUCGUUUGGGAGGGCUAAACCGUUGAAUGGGGGGUUUGAGGCCCUGGUCGUAUCAUAGAGACGUGUGG